CGGUGGACUAUUAUUCCAACGCUGGUUCAGCUGUCUGCAAUGGCAAACACUGCUGCUGAGAGGCGCGCUCCCCGAAGCCGCGGGAGCGCGCGCGCCUAACUCGCAGCAGCCGUGCCCGCGGGCGCCACCGUGCCCGAGCUUAAACGUGCCACCGCUAGUUCAUCCUGUUCGGCCUGAGUUCGGCGCCCGGCGUUGACCUGGGCAGGUCGCGGGGGUUGGGGUGGUGCCGACGGGGAUGUGAGCCAUAGCUGUACGGUCUCCAGGAAACCUCCUUUCCGGGAGGCGGUCUCGAGCAAAACGGGUUCAGAAGCACACCCGGUUCGGGUCAAGUCGCCGCCAUGAACGUCCCCUUACGCGGCCGAAGUUGCUCCAGCGGGAGCGGACUUUCCUGGCCGCCUUUCUCCAGCUUCGUGUAGUUUGCCCCGACUGCGUUAACUACGGCGCAGCUCACCUGCCUCCUGCUUUGAACGAAUCAAGGAGGAAUAUUAGCCAGACCGCCGCCAUGCCGUAGACCGCCCGCCGGGCGUUUCGAUGAGGCCUAACGGGGACUGCAGUGGGGAGGAAGCGGCGCGGCUGUAACCGAGGGAGGGAGGAUGUACUGGGCUGCUGGCCUCGCCUCUUCCCGCCCGUGUGUGGUUGAACUCGGGCGGAACCACAGCCUGCCCCUUGGGCUGUGCGCCUCCGAGCAGCAGCAGUCGUUGUAUGGCUAUAUCAUUGCCUUCCCUUUACAGGACUACGGAGGCAUCAUGUCGGUUCUGGGCUCGGACUCCUGGUGGAAGAAGACCCUGUACAUAACCGGGGGGGCCCUGCUGGCCGCUGCAGCCUACCUACUGCACGAACUGCUCGCCAUCAGGAAGGAGCAGGAGCUGGACUCUAAAGAUGCCAUCAUCCUCCACCAGUUCUCCAGGCCAAAGAAUGGUGUGCCCAGCCUCUCACCCUUCUGCCUCAAAAUAGAGACGUACCUGCGCAUGGUGGAUCUGCCCUACCAGAACUACUUUGAUGGGAAGCUGUCGCCACAGGGUAAGAUGCCCUGGAUCGAGUACAACCACGAGCAGGCUUCAGGGUCAGAGUUCAUCGUAGACUUCCUGGAGGAGAAGCUGGGUGUCAACCUCAACAGGAACCUCACCCCACAGGAGAGAGCUGUGUCCCGAGCAGUCACCAAAAUGGUUGAGGAACACCUCUACUGGACGAUAGCUUACUGUCAGUGGGUGGACAACUUGGAGGAAACCCAGAAGCUCCUUGCGAUGAGCGGCCCUCUGAGCGACACCCUGAAGUGGCUACUGAGCCACCUGAACGGAGGCAUGGUGCGCAGAGAGAUGUACGGCCAUGGCAUCGGACGCUUCUCCAAGGAGGAGGUCUAUGCCCUGAUGGAGAAGGACAUGAGGACACUGGCCACACUGCUGGGAGAUAAGAAAUACUUUAUGGGCUCUAAGAUGUCAACAUUAGAUGCUACAGUGUUUGGGCAUCUAGCGCAGGCUAUGUGGACUCUGCCUGGGACACGACCAGAACAGCUCAUCAAAGGAGAGCUGAUCAACCUGGCCAUGUUCUGCGAGCGGAUGCGGAGGAGGUUCUGGCCCGAGUGGUUUGUGGAGGUGGAGGAUCUUUAUUACGAUGGAGACAGUGAGAGCAGCAGCGGCGGCUCCCCUACAGGCCUGGACUUUGGCCUCUUCUCCAGGACUGACACUCUGGAUGACAGUGACGCCAGCAGCCACUCAGCCGGACACACUCACACACACUCCCCGGACUCCGACCAUUCGCUCUUUGACUCGGAUGUGGGCACGGGGUCUGACAAUGACCUUCAGCUUAAGGAGGAGUUAAUGCCAGACCUGGAGGUUUGACCUGAGAAUGGCAAUGAUUGACUGACAGAUUGAGACUGACAGGAGGCUGGAACAAUCGGUUUUGCUUAAUAAGCCUGGAUGAAAGAGCCUAUCCAGACAACAGCUCUCACAGCUGAAGAAACUAUUCCAGCUCCUCCACCUCCAAUACUAAACAUGUUACUUCCUGAUGGACAAACUGGGUAUUUAUAUGCAGAGCAUACAAACUUAACCUCAUAAUGCACAUGCUACUGUACUGUUUGUCCCCACCCGUAACGUCGGAACUGUCCCUGUGGCAGUUUCUCUUUGCCUUAUUCGUCUCGUCCUAAGAUGUAGAAGCUGGUUUGAAAGGUUAACGCAAAGGAAACCUCCCAUGAAAAGUGUGGCAACGACAGAGGAGUGCUGUAGACAAGACAGGUGGUACUUCGCUUGCUAUGAAAUGAUGCAACAAAUCACCACUCUGCCAUGCGUCUUAACGCACAAACCCAUUCAGACAGGCGGAGAUUGAUCAUGUGGCUAAAAGGAACAGCUGUUGUGUCUUGGCUAUUAACCAUCCAUUUGCUGAAGAAGGAAAAACAAUUGACACUGAGUGCCAGUUCGUGUCCUAGAUUUAUCCUAAUGUCAGCUCCUUUUAUGCUGUUGUAUGUGGGAAGGAUCACUGUCAAAAAAAUGAUGUCUCCAUCAGACCACAAGCCUACAUCCACUUGUGGUCCCACUGAAUAUGAGUCAGGAGGAAGGAUGAGCAGAUUUGUGCCUGUUUCAUCUACUGGUUUUCAUCCUUAUUUCUCUCCAUUAAUUAAUAAUUUUUUUGCACGUGGUAUUGCUGAGCUUGAAGCUUUUGGUAAUUCAUUGCAGCAUCCUUUAGGUCUUAUUGGAGAGCUGUGGUUUUUACUUUUGACCACUAGAUGGAGUCAGCCGUCAGCCUGGUAUCUCCUUCAUUCUGUAACAUCAAGGUCAUUCCACACUCUAACGAGGACCUGCAUUAGAUUUAACACAGCAAAUUAUUUCUCAUUCAGUUCUAAACUUUAGUAAUGGGGUUCCCAUUCACAGGUAACCUAUCAGCGUGUGUUUGUGUGUGUGUAUGUGCAAGUGCAUGCAUACUUUGCAUGCAUACUGUCACUGAGCACAGCAACAAAUAAGCCUUAGUGCUCGAACUCGAGUGAAAAUACAGUUGAGCAACAUUUUUUGUUGGAAUAUAAUUUAUUAUCAGUGCCACUUGAUUAUUAUUCUUUCUAUCUGAACGUGUGUGUCAAAUAUUUAUUUUUUUGUACAUCUUUGUUUUCUUAUUUCUCUCAAAGAGAGGUGUUAUUUUGCACUAGUGGAAAUUUAUUUUCACCUUAUUUCAAUGGGAACAGUCUGCUGGGGAGGUAGAGAACAGAAUACGCCAAUGAGUGGGAAACACAAGUGUGUGUAUCAGUAGUGCAGGAUAAUGACUGUGCUGUGAGGGGACCAUGCUGCUUACAGUAUGUUGGCUGUGUGUGUGAAUGUUACUCUGUUUGAAUGUCAUCAGUGAAGCAGCUGAUGAAAAGCCUUUGCAGAGACGGUCAUAAUACCAAAUGGAACAGAACUGAACAUUGCUAAACGAAAAAUCUUGCGUAAAAAAGGGACCAAAAUGUGUCGGCAAGAGUUCACUUUUUUAUGUCAUGUUAAGCUUAGUGGAAGUGCUCGCAAUGGCAAUACGGUAUGAUGGCUGUAUACAGAUUGUGGUGCGUAUAGAGUAGAUGUGACUUAAGUUAAAGGAUCAGUCCUUCCAAAUUACAAAAAAAUAUUUUCUCAUGUACCUUUGGUGGUACUGAGCCAUGCGGAUAGUUUUAGUUUUAUUUCUCCAAGUUUUGCCUCCAUCCCAAUGCAAUAGAGGUGAAUGGAAUUUCAUUUGUGGUGCUCACAUCAUUGAAUAAUGACGUGAGAAAAAAUUCAAAUUCAACAUGCAAGAUCUCUUUGGAAUUCCUGUUAAUCUGGAUAAUACACAGAACAUGCUGUCAGUGGUUUUCAUAGGAACUGUUCCUUCAGUAGAAAGGAGUUCCAGUGAAAACUCUUUAGAGUCAGGCUGUCAUAAAGAAAUCCGGUUUGAGCGAAUGAUAACUAACAUGUAAAUGAUUCAAAUGAACCGGACCACUACAUAUUUAGCCUAAUCUUACCCUAUCUGGUAGAACUGACGUUGUGCUGUUACAUUUGCAGGGCCUCUUCUGCCUCACUUGAGUGGCAAGCUAACACGGGACUUCGGAUUUGUUGGUGUGGUAACAUUACUGUAAGGCAGUUGCAUUUCAUAGAGGCACCCAACAGCCUUAACUUGUCUAUAAUUUUUCUGCCUAUGGUAUCAAACCCAGAAUGU